ACGCAGCGAAGGCGAGUGCGACGGUGGCGUCGGGACGCCGCGGCGGCGCAGUCGGCUCGAUCGAUUCCACGUUUCGGUGUGCUCGCCGAGAGGCACCAGCGGGUCUGACAGCGGCGAGAAAGACAGCGAGCUGGCUAGAAACGGUGAGGCGAAGUGGCUGUGACAAAAGUGCGACGGAGAUCGAGCGAUCGCGAUAGAACCGGGGGAGAUAGGAGAGAAGGAGACCGAGUGGGGGAGGUAGAGAGAGAGUCGAAGAGAGUCGAAGAGAGUCGGGUGAUCGGUGCGCGUGUGUCCUCCGUCGGCGACGCGAACGACGACGACGAGAACGUGCGAGAUCUCCGGAUCACCGAGCUGACAGAUCCACGGGGAAGGUUUGCCUGGGAUUGCCGCGAAAUCAGCCUCGUCCCCUUGUGUUCCCCUGGUUAAAAAUAUUCGCGCGACGCGCAGCACGGUGCGGCAGGAUGACGGCGUUCCGGACCUAGAAGAGGGAAACGUGCUGUUCCGCGAGGCCCGACCCGACCCGACCCGAUACGAUCCGACAGUGAACUUAUCCGGAGCCCGACACUGACCCCAUGGAUGGACACCGGUGCGACGAUGAGAACGCAGUCGAGAGAGGUGUUGCGAAUUGCAACAAGGGCUCGAGGCGGGGUGCGGCCACGUCGUUCGGGUUCCGACGAAGACAGGCCACGGGGAUCCCCAUGGCGAUAUCGACCUACUCAGCGGAGUCCAGCCUGAUCCAGCCACGAUCGAAAUCGGCCGGUCCCGAGCAGAAUCGUAGGCGCGACGAAGACAACGCGGGCGCCAUACGCAACCUAUCGUCGGGUCGGUCGACGCCUCGAUUAGCUCCGCCGAAGAAGGACGCCACCGGGAUUGCGGUGAGGACGAACCGUUUCGGGUACAAGCAGCCGCAGGUGAAGUUCACGAACAAGGUCGGAGACAUCUGCAGCAGCCACACGGUCAGCCACUACAACCAGGAGACCUUGCAGCAACAUCAGCAAGAGAGCAUCCCGAAGCAAACGCAGAGAGUAGCGCCGGUGGUGUGCAGUUCGUUGCCAGCAUCGAAGAUCAGGUCGCCGGCGCGUAGCGUGACCAUUUACAACAAUGUGGGCAGCGUCUCCCACGUGGACGGGAACCGAAGGCCAUCGGGUAUUCCGGAGCCGGUCGGCAGGUACACUCUGCACACCAGCCACCUGCCGCUGCCGCAGUUCGCCGUGAGGAUGACCAACGCGAACUCCAAAACUGCGAAAACAGCAGCCAAUCAGAACAGGAAGGUGUCUGCCGCAUCGAAGGGUUCUACGAGCUCGAAGGAAGGCUCGAGCACCGAAGACUCUGGCGUAGGAAGUCAACAAGGCUGCAUGGUGGACGACACCGUCACCCGAGGGUACGAUUACACCGGUGGCUCUCCGAGCAGGAGGCGAGGAAUAGGAAGGCCUAGGAACUUGAGGAUGGUGGUGAACGGGAAGAGCUUCGAUGUCAGGGACGUCAGGGAUGACGACAGUACGGUCACCGAGAUAUCGGUGAUCCCGCUGCCGAAGACGUUCACGGCCGCCAACACUGGCCUGGUGAGAGAACGAACGACACAGUAUCAAAGAAUCGUGAACAAAGAUAACAGACACGCGGAAUCGACCACCUCUAUGUCCACCACAUCGUCGGAAGGGUACGACGAGGGACUGGGUGAGGAGAAGGUUUACAAGGACAGGUCUCGAUCGGAAAAGAUUCCCUCCAUCAAGUCGGACUUCAGCCCACCUAGCUCCGACGACCCUGAGUACGGACACGGAGAAGCUAUGGCCGACGAGUACUCGUUGAGCUCCAGCGACGAAUGCCACCGUUCCUCUUCCGUUGCUCACCACAUGCAAGCUGCUGCGAACCCGGCCAAGAACGGAACGAUGCCAAGGACAUCGCUGCGGUCGGUGUUGCUCACCAUCGAAGACCCUGCUUUCGCCGCCGCUGCAGCUACGUCUACCUCGCUGAUAGAUGACGAGACCUCUCCCGUCGACAGUCUCUUCGACAGUCUUACAGCCAGUAUUACGCAAUCGGACGUCAAAGCUCCAAGAAAGGAGCAACCCAUGGAACAGUCCGUAAAUACGUUGGACGACGACAGCCCUGGGACGCCUACUAAUGCCUCGAAUUCGUUGAGCUUGUCGGAGGGCAGGGAAUUCUUCGACGACGAGAUCGCUGAUCAGCCGGGGCUCAUUUUGAACGAGAACAUAAGGAUCGGAGCUGAAGCGCAAUCUAUUGUAGCCAGCCAGCUUGUUACCGAAAACAGCCAUACGUUAGUUGAAUCCAGUCCUAAAGCAGCUGCGGGAUACAGUAAGGACGCAACGAACAGCCCACACCAUGGCAAACGAAUGAGUCGAACAGGCAGUGUCGACACUCUGUCUCCUUGCGAAUCAAUCGCAUCUGACGAUUUGAUAUUGGAUUACGAACAAAGCGACGCGAGUUCCUUCGAUGAACACCAUCGGGUGGAUUCGACCAUACCAUUGCAGGAUAUGAGCGAAAUUGAACGAUCACAACGUGAGAUUGUGAUGAGAGAUUGGCAUAAUCUUUUCUCUCGGUUGGGUGCAUGUCAAUCGGUCCAGCAAACUAAUAAUACGAACACGAUUAAUAACAAUGUGAACGGUGAAUCGGCCAAUAACAAUAAUCAAGCAGCCAACGAAAUGGGAAACGAAUAUGACAAAACGAACAAAGCGUGGCGAAGUAGGUCCGUCACCGAUUCACCACGUUUCCUAGACAACACACGGAAUCGGCAAUUCUCCAGUCCCUUAAGAACAUCAAGGAAUGUUCAGUCACCAAGCAUCGACAGAGUAAACGAUUUGGAUAUUCGGAUCGACAGAGACGCGUAUGCAGAUAUGUUUCUAGACAUUGUUUCCAUAAAAACAACAGUCCUGAAACUGAAGCAGUUACUUCAAAAGUCAGAAGAGAACGGGUUGAAGAGGGCAGAUACUCUCACCCCAUUCGAUAAUACUGUAAAGAAUGGCCUCUUCUACAACCUGAACGAAGGAGAUACCGUGGAUGUUAAUACUUCUCCCGAAAGCGAAGGUAGCAGCAUUGUUGACGAAUUGGCAGAUUUACGAAGGCAGGUAGUCUUUUUGCAAGGCCAAGUAGAAGACAAAGACCGAACCAUACAGGUACUACAGUUCCAAAUGUCGAAGCUUCAAGGCCCUAACAACAAUGAAAGGCAAAAUUGUGCUAUAACCAAUAGUCGUAACACUAUCUUAUGCAUGGACACUUGCAAUGCUGCAACACAAACUGACAAGACACGCCCAGGAUCUGCAGGUACAUCACUCCUACAAACACUACCUAGGGACGGUGUUAUGGGGCCUGUAGUUAGCCAUGUACGCUGGAGUGACUCCUGGGAUCGACAACGCUCGACAUUACCCGCUGAACCGAAUAGUGCCAGAAGUCCUCGUAACAUGAGCGAGGUGCAGGAUAGACUGGACCCUUUCAAAACUACUCUAACAGCAUGCAAAGAAGCACGGGUAGGGAUUGGGACCGCCACCUGAACUCGGAAGAGAGCUCCGUUCGCAAACGCAAGGCUCGCAAAAGUUGCUGAAAGGCAAGCGAGGUCAACACGCGACUAAUAAUGAGUAAGGUCCGGUCGUCGAGAGUUGGUGUACAAUUUCAUCCCCCAACCGACCUGUCCGAUCGACGGUGAUCGAUCAAUCUUGCCGGUGAAUCUGCACGAGCAGUCAGUCCUCUAGAAGUAGCCUAUUUGUAUAUUCCGGAAAUUCUGACCUUGUAUCUGUCGACCAUAAAAAUGAAUGUAAUUGAAUAUUUAUACAGACAACUUACGUGACACUCGUAAAGGAGAAUGUCAGAUGAUAUAUCAUGUAUAUACGCAUACGUAUACACGUCUACAAUUUAUAGCGGAUCGGUUUGAAGAAAGCGUAAGGCAAAGCUGCAUGUUCAAUAUCGUGAACGGGAAAGCCAGUCCUUUAGCCGGUGAUGUGCAAGCCAACGGUUAUACGUAUAAGUCCGCAGCACUGAUUAGGGAUGUCACCAUCGAGUAAUUACCCGCGCAUCCCAUACACCAUCUCUUCACGACCGGACUUCGUAGUUCCCGGAACGAUUGUCGAGUUCACGUGCUCGGCAGCGGUUUAUAAAUAAAACAGAGUGAUUACUAUAUUCGACAGAGUUGGUAACCUCGGCAUUAGUUGGAUACCAUUUUUACGCGUAGCACGCUUGGGUUAACUCUUUGCUCUGCUCAGAAACGCACGGACCAUAAAAUGUUUUACAGACGUGAAGUUGAAACUUUUGGAAUUGGAGAUAAUCUGGCAAAUAUAAAAGCAAGGCAAUAUUCGACGUGUGCUAAUAUAAUAUUAUAUAUAUAUAUAUAUAUAUAAUGUUCCAAUAACUUGUCAUCAAAUGAUAGUGUACUUAAAAAUUCUGUUAUAUGUAGGAAAGAAAGAUUGUACUUAAAAAAUGUAUAUUAUUUUAUUUGAAAAAGUGUCUUCAUUAUUGUACUCUAUACGUAACGAUUGAAUAUUGCCGCUCAUUUACCAAGUAUUGCUGUGUGUAGUAGUUUUAUACAUAUUGAAUAGAAAAUCACGUACAAAAAUAUACGUUAUUUUUAUACUAAGCUUUGUAAAAUAUUUCAGAUCGUACAAACUCUUAUACUCUCUGAUUUUAUACGUUUCAAUCUUAAGAAUAAAAUAUCGCAAAUGUAACUAUCGAUUCACCUCUGUAAAAUGCUGCGUGGACGUUUAGGAACAUCCGAAAGAAAGCACGAACCCAAACUAGUUAUAUACGAUCUUUUCAAUUUACGUACUUUUGUACGCGUCCAAUUAGCGUGAUUUUUAUGACGUUCAUUAACUUGUCGCACGUGGCGAGUUGUGGGAAUUUCGAAGAAUGUACAAUUGUAGCAUUACAAAUGAUUUUUGAUCAGACGUAUUUUAUAUCAGGAAGUAUUUUAUCAAAAAGUCUACAUAGCAUACUAUAAAUUCAAUUCAAGCUUCAAGAGAAGGACGUAUCCAACUAAAGUUAGAGUUGCUAACUCUGGGCGCGAGGCUCCGGAAUUCAAAGCUGCCUUUACCCAAAAUGAAAUACUUGAAAUGCGUCCAGUCUUGUGACUUCCAAGUGGCAGAACGAGUUUUGGAACCUGAACAGAUUGAACCCAAGUACUUGGACGAAGAAAUCACGAUGUCAAGGUCAAGCCAUUGAAAGACAGAGAGUGGAAAGAUAUGGAAAGGAACGUCUUAAAAUUUGAAAAUAAGUGUUAAUAUAAAUUGUAUUUUAAACGAUUUAUAUAUUGUCUUUGGAAAGAAGAGUGAGGUACAACAUUUAUCGUACAAGCUGUGCAUUCCACUGUCUUGGGGGUGGUUUGUCAAUAAAUCUCAGAUCUCUUCUUUCAAAAAACAAUAAAGCAUACAUUGUAGAUCCUGUUGCGUUGUUAGAAAUUAAAAAGUUAUUAGAAAUUCACAGAAAUUUGUUUAAGAUAGCUAUGGCUUUGUAGUGAUCAAAGUAAUAUUACUUUAUCGACAGUGAGAAAUAAUAUUAAACUAUCAGUAAAUCUAUAUAAGAAUUGGACAACAAUUAUUGUUACAUUGUGAAAUCCAUUUAUGGAAUCAGAAAAGACUAGAAAUAUUUGUUAGAAUUCACGGCUGUGAUAACGGAGGAAUAUUAUUAGUAAAAAAGGAGAAAGGAAAGACAAAAAUCUACUCACUGACUCUCGAUGGCACGACUUAAGAGACAGUUUACAAUAUUCUCGACAUAAAUUGCAGCAGCACAUACAGUUUCGGGUAAUGAUUUUUGUGGGACAAGGCAAUUGAGGUACUCCUAAAUCGACGUUUACAUGGAGCUCUUGUUUGUACACUUGACUGCAUUGUAAAUUUCAUACUUGUACAUUUUUUUUAUACUUAUCUUAAUUGUAAUUUAUCCCAUUGUUUAUUAGUAAGAUCAUAUUUGGUGCUAUUAAAUUCUUUCAGUUCACGAUACUUGGAAUCUCUUGAAUUGUACUCACGAUCGGCGUUGAAACGACGCGAACCAGGUUUUUACUAUUGUUUCGUUAAUCCGGAAUUACGAAUCUGUUCAUCAACGAUUUAGAUCGUCAAAAAGGUCAGCGAGAACAGAUGCACGCAAGAGAACGGAAAGCGCACAAAUCGUCGUACAACUGACAUUACAUUGGCACGAAUAGGUCGUAGCACAAUUUUUCUGUCUUUGCAUUUUUUUAUUUUAGCACGCACGAGGUGAAAAGGAAUAUUGUUGUGGCUUUUACGAAUGAGUCUACAAUUUAUAAUAAAAAUAAUAAUUAAUAAUUAAUAAAAAUUAUAGUUACUUCCUGUAGUGUUAUCUCAAUUUACAAAAUGUCUACAAGGUGUACAAUAUAAUUGACAUAAAUUUUACAUAGAAUCCAAAUUUUUAGAGACCAAGGUCAAUUCAAAGUAAUGUUAUUUAUUAUACAUGUAUAAAUGUAUUUUUUUAUCAGCUACACGAUGCAAUUAAAAAUGAAAUAUGUUAAAACCAUUUAAACUACAUAAAAGGUAUAUCUUUUCAUUACAAUGACUCACAGAGAUAUUUAGUUGUAUGUACAAUAUUUCUUUUUUUGUUUUCUAUUAACACGUAUAUAUAUACAUACAUAUAAUUCUCUCAAGAACCAUAUAUUAGAAUUUCGAUCGAAUAUUUUCUGUCAGAUGUAGUAGUAUUAUCUACAAAAGCCAUAAAACAAUAUUUCUUUACAUCCUGCGCCCUGCUAUUCAAGUUGAAGACAAAAUAUAUAGGAACUAUAAAAUAGAAGCUCUUCUCGUUGGUCCGGGUCAACAUAAGUUCUCGAAUAUAAAACCGUCCUAAAAAUCCGUACAGAGAAAUCAAUUCAGAAGGAAGCUGCUGUAUACUACCUUACUGACAAAAUCAUUUCUAUUGGGAUCUAAACUUAUAAUACCACUGGCUUUACUAUCUCAAUGUAUCAGUGUUUUUAAUUAUGUCAACGUGACAAUAUAACGUAAUCUUGAAAGUGCGCACCAGCGGCAGCGCUAAUUAAUCAACCAUUGCUCUCUUUGGUUUCUUCGAGAUCAUAAACCGCAUUUUACUUAUAGCUUAGCACGUUGACUAUCGACCCACCGCCCAGAAAUAUCCCACAAAAUUAAACGUUUCAGUUAAUAAAACCGGAACUGAAAAGUUGCAAUUCACCACCGUGAUUACUCUUUCAACCUUUUUAGAUCCUAUAAACUGUAAUGGUCUGCAGAUUACACAUAUCAUAACAGAACCUCACUUUUGUGCUCGGAUAAAGAACUGUAUCACACAGGUAUGAGCAAUCUGAUAGUUAACGUGUCAAGCAACUGUAUAGAACUCUUUGGUCUCAAAAUCUCUGAAGUGGCUAACUUUCUGUAAUGUAAAGGUCGCAAUUGCACACAUCUUGCGACUUCAAAAAGUGUAAGAUCUGUUUUCCAAUUUUUUCUUAUUAUGAGUCUAGAUGAGAAUCGGUGACAAUGUACUAGGUGUACAUAUUAAGGUGUAGAGUGUCCUCUGUGACUACAAAUGGGUACAUAAGUGUUUAUUUACAUUCAUUUGUACAACAGAUUGAAUAUAUGCUAAAUUAUCCUAAGUUAUCCUUUUAAAAAGAAUUUUGUGAUCACCUUAUUUUUAACGGUUUAAAUUUAAGGUGUGUAAAAUUUCUGGAAUGUGCUAUUUAUUAGGUGUGUAUUUAGAGAAAGUUUGGAAUAUAGUUUUCAUUGUACAUGUCUUGAGAAAGAAUUUAGAUUAAAAAGAAAACAAAAUAUUUUUUUAAAAAAUUUCAUAUUUGUGAAAACUGUACACUUUUGAAUAAAUUUCAUUCUCCAUGGAAAAAGUUAGUAAUAAAAAUGUCUGUAACCGAAAGAAUUUUAUCGCAAGUACGUGUUCUGCUAGAUUCUGCAAAAAAGAUCGUGCAAAAAUUCAAGAUGGCACGGAUGAAAAUUUUUGAAAUUUUUAUUUUACAAAUAAAGUCCCUCACUUCUCAAAGUUUCUCAUCCGAAUGGCAAACCUCUUUAUGAUCACAGAGGAUAUUUCUGGACACCCUGUACAAUGUUACAACCUUUUUGCUUCACGAUGGCAACAAGAGUAAGUAAAAUGGUCACUCGCAAUUUGAUCAACUCCAAACAUGUAUCACAGAUACAUCAACAUCAAUGCGACUACCGUUAACGCACAAUAACGUUAUUCAACAGAUUUUUGAUGAUGCGUAUUGUGCUUAUUCUUAUAUUAUUAUGUGAUUAUUCUACAUUGUUUCAAGUUAGAUUAUGCAUAGUGGAACACUUCGACUGAGGUCGUAUUUGGACUGAUUUUCAUCAGGAAAGUCUCGGGAAUCUAUCGGUGAAGCUUUCUUAAAAGUACAAUGAGAAGUAUAAAAGAUCCUAAUUUUCAUUGGCGCACGACGCAUUCCAAACGUUUACCGAAAUCGCUCUGACCCCAAUAAACGAUCCGCUAAUAUAAAGAUAGUUAAAGGAGCUAAAUGACUGUUAAAUAAAAUUAUUAAAACUAAUUGUACGUGCUGUUAAAGUGCCCUUUAAUAUUUAUCAUUUGGUACUAGGCUACUUGUAUCUGAACAUUGUAGUUUCUGAACUUCAUAGAAAAUAGACACAUGUCCUGUAAUGAAAAAUGAAAAGCGUACAGAGAAACUAUUGAUAUUACGAGGAGAACAGACCCAAUUAAGAGUCGACAGAGAAAAAUUAAGGGAUGGUAGCAAGUUCCUUUCAGCUUCCCUUUUUUGAUAACGAUUACGACUGACAGUCCUUUUGCGAUCUCUUCCCCUUUUUAAUAUUCGUGGACUUGUGGAAGUUAUGUAAAACGGUUUCGUUACUCGAAAUGCUUCGUGAAGGUAAAACCAGCUUUACUUUUGAAAAACAACGCUGUUACAAGUAACAGAUUCGAGCGAUCGUAGAUUACUAUAAUUUUAGAGAAGAGCUAUCGGAACGAAUGCUUUUUGAUACGCUCGCAUUUUCCGGUUAUACGCUGACUUUUGAUCUCAGUCGUCUGUAUAUAGUUAUGGUACCUGCAACGCUCUCAACGAUCUCGGUCGCUUAUCACUAAAAGUAGUCAUUGUUUAAAUGAAAUUUUAAACAAAUCUUUUAACGUUGUAACUGAACAAACAUUUAGUGGAAUAAAAAUAUCACGCAAACGAA